CAGGGUCGAGCCGUCGAGGCUUUUGUCUUGGACGCUAUGGCUUACAGCUGCCCUUCGGUUUCUGUACAAUGUGCCUCGUACUUCACAAGCCAGUCCGGACUAGAUCCAUGUUGUGCCGCCCAGAUGGUCGACCAAUCCUGUGGGCUGAGCUACACGAUAUCGGCGAAGUCAAACUCAACCUUCAAAGAGAGUUUGUACAUUCCUAAUGCAACGACGGCUAGCUACACCACCUGGUCAAUGCGCACAAGCCAACUGUAUUCUAUCCUCAAUACUGACGAUCGAUAUACACAGUUCAUGGGCAAGCUACAACCUCCUCAGUGCUUGCGCUAUUUGCACGCAGCAGUCUACCUGGGCAAGCUGGGCCACAUACAGCGCAAGUUGCGGAAACUACGUGUCUUCGACUACGUACUAUCCUUGGGAUCAAGGCUGCAGACUUCCGGAAAAUGAAAAAAUCCCAUUCUUCGCGGCUACUAAUCCAAUAUAUUGGACAAAUGGUACAUUCAACGAGAAUGAAGCAGCUGUGAAUGGAUCAUCAGGGACGCCUGAUGUCACCGGACAACCACUUGCAAGCUCUUCACCAAGUGCGACGUCCACUUCAUCUAGUUCUUCAUCUGGUGCGAUCAUUGGUGGGAUCGUCGGGGCCCUUGCCGUAGUUCGGUUUGGCAGGUUUCAUACUCUGGUACAUCGUUCGCCGGCGUCGACACCAAGCUCGACUUCAACCAGCCUCCCAGCAAUCUUCAUCUUCCCCGCCGCUGCCGCACCCUUCAAUGGCCCAGACGGUAACUUCCCCAUACAAAGUGACCUCAACCCUGUCUUCGCAGGAGUUUCCUAAUGCCAGCCAACACUUUGCUUCCCCCAUGUCACCCAUGAUCACCUCACCACUCUCCGCCCCCAUCACAGACGCCGCCGAUAUGAUCUCUCCAUUCUUCUCACCUAUACGUUCAGUACCCACCACGACCAAAUCUGCAGAGGCACUCGUAGGAAGGAACGAAUCUCCGCCACCACGGCGAGGGCGUAUGAACCCC